GUAAAUUACUUUGUGACAUCCGAGACGGAGGAGCUCUCAUGGCGUUUUCUCCCUCGUCUUCUCCAUUUCUCAGAACCUUCACUCUCUCCCCUUCUCUCCGCCCCUUUUCCCGUCAGAGUUCCUCCUUCCUACCUCGCGCGCUCAGCGAAUGGCGGGAAUACGAUGAUGCUUUGAAGAGAAAGGAUCUCUCCGGAGCUCUCCGGUUUCUCAAGUCCAUCGACAAUGGCGACGAAACCGACGUGCUUGAUCCUGUCGUAGAACGUACGCUAUCGGAGCAAUCGGCUCGGCUUGGGGGAUUGGCAGCUCUGGAAUUGGAGAGGGACUGGCAAGUCUUGGAUGCGUGUUUGAAUGCCGAUGAUAUGAGGCUCGUCGGCAGCGCAUUUAGGUUCCUCAGGGACAGAGGGUUACUCGCGAAUUUUGGCAAAUUCAGCAGUAUUGUCUUGGAAGGAACCAGAGAGGUUACGCCUGCUGUGCUGAAGUCUGCAACUGGUUUAGAAGUGACCAAGCUUGCCCCAAAGAAGUGGGGUCUUUCUGGUGGCUCGAGCCUAGUUCUGGCUGCUUUUCUUGGUGGAGUGUCCUAUCUUCUUUCUCAGGGAAUUGAUCUGAGGCCUAACCUUGCGGCCAUUUUAGGUCUAGCUUUUAUGGAUUCCAUUUUACUUGGAGGUACCUGUUUAGCGCAAAUAUCAAGCUACUGGCCUCCACAUAAGCGUAGAAUCAUAGUUCACGAAGCAGGUCAUCUUCUUGUAGCAUACCUCUUGGGCUGCCCAAUCCGUGGUGUGAUAUUGGAUCCUUUUGUUGCCAUGCAAAUGGGGAUUCAGGGGCAGGCUGGAACCCAGUUCUGGGAUCAAAAGAUGGAGAGUGAGAUUGCUGUGGGAAGACUUAGCGGUAGCUCUUUUGAUCGGUACAGCAUGGUUCUUUUUGCUGGUAUCGCAGCAGAGGCGCUUGUUUACGGUGAGGCCGAGGGUGGAGAGAAUGACGAGAAUCUGUUCAGGAGCAUCUCUGUCCUUCUGCAACCACCGUUGUCCGUGGCUCAGAUGUCAAAUCAAGCGAGGUGGUCUGUUCUGCAAUCUUAUAAUCUGCUGAAAUGGCACAAGAAGGCUCACAGGGCGGCUGUUGAAGCUCUCCAAGAAGGGAGUCCUCUUAGCAUUGUGAUGAGAAGGAUUGAGGAAGCCAUGUCUUUAGGCGGAUGACUGGAGCAGGAAAUACACAUAAUAAAACAAACCAUAUGGACAUGGGUAAAAGGUGCUGCCUUUCAGGGACAGUAAUAACAUCUGAGCUGCGUAUCAAAGCUUUUCAUUAAAGGCUCUUCAGUAAUAACAUUUGAAUGCAAGAUUCUUGUGUCUUAAUGUAUGAAUUAUUCCGUAUCCAGAAACAUUCAUUCAACACUGAA